CUCCGGGAUUCCUAGAGAGGACUCGGAAGUACUCUCGGGGGUGGGGUUUAUGGCUCUACACCGUUGGUCAGGGACAGCUUGGACUUGCUUACUUCCGGCGAGGAAGUGUUGGGAAGUGUCGGGUUCGGCUUUCUCUUCGUUUGUGAGAAGAAACCCGUCUUCCCAGCCUUGGACGCAGGAGCCUGGUCUUCCAGCAGAGCUCCCCGGGACUGGGGCCUUGAGGACAGGGAAUGGCCUCUGUGUCCAGACCAUGGUCCUGUCCCUAACCUUGACCGGGCCGGUUUCCGUGGCUCGGGGUCAGGGGCGAUUGUGAGGAAUCCAGGUGCAAAAUCGGUACUUAAAACCCUGGUUCUCUUCGGGACCCAUGAAGUCUCCCGUUGGCCUGUCAAGCUCUUGUGGCUUGAGAAGGACAGGGCCAGUUUUGACCGUUGUACUGUUUUUGACCUCUGUUCUGACUUAAGUUGGCUUGUGGUAGAGAAGGAGCGGCUGCGUCUGGACUAGUUAUAGGUUGCAAGCUAAUGAACGUGUCCCUCAGAAGAUCUCAAGGAGCAGAGAACAAAGUUGAUCCGUGCCCCCCGCCCCGCUUACCUGGAGAGCUCUGCCUCUGAGUUGGAAUGAUAAUGACAGAAUCUGGGGAAGUUAUAGACUUAGAUCCUCCAGCUGAGACGUCACAGGAGCAAGAGGACCUUCUCAUAGUGAAGGUGGAGGAAGAAGACUGCACCUGGAUGCAGGAGUACAACCCACCAGCGUUUGAGACUUUUUACCAGCGCUUCAAGCACUUCCAGUACCACGAGGCCUCAGGCCCCCGCGAGGCCCUCAGCCAGCUCCGGGUGCUCUGCUGUGAGUGGCUGAGGCCUGAGCUGCACACCAAGGAGCAGAUCCUGGAGCUGUUGGUGCUGGAGCAGUUCCUGACCAUCCUGCCGGAAGAGUUCCAGACCUGGGUGAGAGAGCAUCACCCAGAAAGUGGAGAAGAGGCUGUGGCCGUGGUGGAAAGUAUACAGAGAGAACUAGAGGAACGAAGACAACAGAUCGUGGCGUGUCCGGAAGGGCUUCCACAGAAGAGAGUGCUGCCCGGGGCCGAGCCCGAGUCCUUCAGUCACCAGCUCCUGUCUGUGGAGCCGCAGCCCAAACAGGAGCCGCAGAAGCCUCAUCUUCUGGAGGAACAAGCCCUUCCUGCUCUCCAAGUUCCCUCCCUCCCCUUGAAGGACAGCCAGGAGCUGACAGCCUCCCUUCUCUCAGCUGGGUCCCAGAAGUUGGUGAAAAUUGAAGAUGUGGCUGAUGUGGCUGUAUCCUUCAUCUUGGAGGAGUGGGGACAUUUGGACCCGUCCCAGAAGUCCCUCUGUAGGGAUGACAGGAAGGAGGAUUAUGGGAGUAUUCCUUCCAUGGAUUACGAAUCCCGGAAUGACAACGUGGAACUCCGAGUCAAGCAGGUUUCUGAUGAAGCCGAAGCGCCCUGGAUGACCUCAGGAAGCCCUGGCAGCACUGCUGCCCCGAGUCAGGGGUUUGCAGAAGUGAGCGAGCUUCAGGGCGUGGUAGAAAGGUGGCAGGUGAGCCCCGCCGGGGGGAAAUCAAGGCAGAACCCUUCCCAGAAGAGAGAGCCCGUCCCCGACGGGAACCGGAAGCCCAAUACCAGUGGCGAGAGAGGUCACCGGUGUAACGACUGCGGCAAGUUUUUCCUUCAAGCCUCGAACUUCAUCCAGCACCGGCGCAUCCACACGGGGGAGAAGCCCUUUAAGUGUGGGGAGUGCGGGAAGAGCUACAACCAGCGCGUGCACCUCACCCAGCACCAGCGCGUCCACACGGGCGAGAAGCCCUACAAGUGCCAGGUGUGCGGGAAGGCCUUCCGCGUCAGCUCGCACCUGGUCCAGCAUCACAGCGUGCACAGCAGGGAGAGGCCCUACGGCUGCCCCGAGUGCGGCAAGAGCUUCGGGCGCCACUCCCACCUGAUCGAGCACCUCAAGCGCCACUUCCGCGAGAAGCCCCAAAGAUGCAGCGAUAAAAGAAGUAAGAGUACAAAAUUGAAUGUCAAGAAGAGAAUUUCGGAGUUUUCGGAAGCAGAAGGUAGAAUCCAAAGGAGCAUCUCUCAAGGUCAAGAUUUCGGAGAAGGCCGUGAACACCAGGGCACGUUGGAGCGAAAGCAGGGCAUCCCCAGGAAGGAGCUGCUAGGACAGCCCUCUUCAAAGAGGAUGAAUUUCAGUGACGUCGCCUACGUCCACAAAAAGUCCUCCACCGGAGAGAGACCACACAAAUGUAACGAGUGUGGGAAAAGCUUUAUUCAGAGCGCACAUCUUAUCCAGCAUCAGCGGAUACACACUGGGGAGAAACCGUUUCGGUGUGACGAGUGUGGGAAAAGCUACAAUCAACGGGUGCACCUAACUCAGCACCAGCGGGUCCACACUGGGGAAAAGCCCUACACGUGUCCCUUGUGCGGGAAAGCAUUUCGAGUGCGGUCCCACCUGGUUCAGCAUCAGAGUGUGCACAGCGGCGAGAGACCCUUUAAGUGCAGUGAAUGCGGGAAAGGCUUUGGGAGGCGUUCGCACCUCGCGGGCCAUCUGAGACUCCACUCUCGGGAGAAAUCCCACCAGUGUCACGAAUGUGGAGAGAUCUUCUUCCAGUACGUCAGCCUCAUCGAACACCAGGUGCUCCACAUGGGCCCCAAAAAUGAACAGAGCGGCAUUCGCGAGGAAGCAUAUAGUUGGAACCUAACGGUGAUUGAAGAUAAGAAGCUCGAGUUACAAGAGCAGCCUUACAAGUGCGAUGUGUGCGGCAAAGCCUUUCGUUACAGCUCGGACCUCAUCCAGCACUACAGGACUCAUACCGCAGAGAAAGCCGCCAAGUGUGACACGUGCCGAGAAAGCGGGGGCCAGUGUUCCCACGUGAAACAACACCCAAAAAGCUGCUCCACCCUCAAGGCCCACCAGUGUACCGAAUGCGGCCGAGGCUUCACCCUGAAGUCACAUCUGAAUCAGCAUCAGAGAAUCCACACUGGCGAGAAACCCUUUCAGUGUAAGGAAUGUGGCAUGAGUUUCAGCUGGAGCUGCAGCCUCUUUAAACAUCUGAGAAGUCACGAGAGGACAGACCCCAUAAAUGCCUUCAGUGGAUAGAGGAUUCUGGCAUAGGACGCAGCUCUUACAGAAUUUUAGCAAAGCCUUCCUGAAGAGACACCCCACUCCUGUAAGGAAUGCAAUAACAACUCCAAGCAUUUUCUUCCACUUAACCGUCAAGCCUAGGGAGAUGUUGAAAUCUUUCCGCCAGAACUUAGGAAGAAUGGAGAAGCCCCAGCAAAGAAAAUCUGCUCUUCCCAUUGAGAAAUGCUUUCAUUAGCAUCUCCAUCUGUGAGAAUAUGUGGACAAGAGAACCUAGGGAUACAGUGGAUGAAGAAAAGCCUGGCACGUUUUUCCUGUGAGUCUCAGAACCCUGACACUGCAGAAAGUCAUGAAUGCAGGAGAAAUAAGCUUCAUCUGUCGUUUCCGCCUUGGUUGUCAGCGUAUCUAUUCAGGGAGGAGCACAGUGAAAGAACGAGAACUCUUCAGCAUCGUCUUGGCUUGAUACCCGGGCAAUGAACCUUUUCUGGAAACAGCAGUUCCAGCCACUGGAAUGCUCCAGGUGUCGUUCCCAUCUUGAGUACUAAACCCCUGGAAAAGAGUUGACUUAAGUUAUUUAUAAAAUUUGGGCAAAAUUGAGGUUCAGAGGCUGGAUGGUGCGUAUUCUUGCUGCCUUAUUCAAUCUCCAACUUCUCCAUGAAAUACACUCUACGUUGUUUUUUUUUUUUUUUAUUUUAGCUGCCUCUGAGGCAGGCAGAAGUACCGGGCCCAGGGGUCGAACCCAAGCCACAGCAGUGACCCAAGCCACCAUGCCAGAUCCUUACCUACGAGGCCCCAGGGAACUCCCAAACUCUACUCGUUUGUUUUGCUUCUCCUGGCAUCAAGGUUAGCUAGUAGAAAAAGAAGUCUGUACAUUCAGGAGAAGCCGUGUUGGGCAGUCACAUCUUGGGGAGAGGGGAGCAGGCCCUGAGGGGAAUGGAGCAGAGAGGACAGGCAAACUGGGGCCUGGGUUUUAUUCUGUUACCCCCAGGAAUGACGGCAGCUACAUCCACAGAAGGAAUUGGACCAAGUUGAAUUAAGCAUUGCGGUCCCAGCAGUGUAUGUACCAGUUCCCAGUUGCCCUGGACAUAGAUCUCCCCGUAGGAUGGUGGCAUGUAGGAUGAGUUUCGAUUGAAGUGUGGCUGGAUUUGAAAGUAAACCCGAAUUAGGAGCAAGGUCUGGUGAGCCUUGCUUUGUGGGAAGGUGUGGGACGGGGUCAUGGGGGAAAGACGGAAAAGAGGGUUAACUGAAGCCCCUUUGCCAAGUGAGGGAGAGAGGCUUGUGGGCGCUGCUGAAGCCCUGCUCCCACUGACUGCCUGGCUUACAAUAAACACCCAAUAAAUA